GAAUUUGCUAACGGGCUGACGUAGAGGUCUGCUCUUCGUCUGAGCGUCUCUGCUACAACUGUGGGUAGUCCCUGUGGAUUGGCAGCUUGCUUAUUGUGCAUCAUUUGCUGAUACUUUCGUGGUUCAACAGGCAAGCAGCCUGGUACGUCUCUCACGUGUGUCACGUCGCCCGAGCGAGAUCUCUGAUCAAUCGACAGGCCAUGAAUCCAGCAGCUGCCCGCGUCCUCGUACUACUGAGAGUAAGCUUCCCUGGACCUCGUCAUUGGAAUGCGCAGGGAAUGCUGAUAUAUUCGAUUUCUUCAGCCAAGCAAUGCUACAACUGCCAGGGACUAGGCCACGUUCAGGCCGAUUGUCCCACGUUGCGCUUGAACGGUGCCAACGGCCGCUGCUACAACUGCAGUCAGCCCGGCCACCUUGCCGUACGUUCAUCGGCAACCUCGGUCUUUGCUUUACUAACUGCCUCCUAGCGCAACUGCCCCGCCCCUGCUACCGGCGCUCCCCGGGCUGCUGGUCCCCCUCCCCCCCGCGGCGGAUUCAACGGCGGCUUCCGCGGCGGAUUCAGCGGAUACCCUCGUGCUGCGACCUGCUACAAGUGCGGUGGCCCCAACCACUUCGCCCGUGAUUGCCAGGCUCAGGCCAUGAAGUGCUACGCCUGCGGCAAGCUGGUAGGUACCCUCGCUAUCAGAGAGCUCUCAGGCUGAUAAUCUCCCGCAGGGUCACAUCUCCCGCGACUGCACUGCCCCCAACGGUGGCCCCCUGAGCUCCGCCGGCAAGGUCUGCUACAAGUGCUCCCAGGCCGGCCACAUCUCUCGCGACUGCCCCACCAACGAGAUCGGUGUCCAG